AGUCCCGGUAGCGGAUGGGCACACAGACGGAUCCAGGCAAAUAUUUCAGCAUUUAUAUUAACCCUGACAAGCACAGCGGACGCAGGUAUGGAUUUUGACGAGGUUCUGGAGGAAAUCGGAGAGUUCGGUAGAUACCAGAUUAUCACCUACUUACUCAUAUGCCUUCCGGUAUUAUUCAGUGCUGCUAACAGCCUAACUUACGUCUUCACAGCAGGAGUGCCAAAUUAUAGGUGCCUUGUUCCGGGCUGUGACGACGAAACGAACCCCCGUUAUUUGACUCCGUGGGUACCUGAAGCCGUUCCCCCAGCAGAAAAGGACAAUGAGCUCGGGGCUUCCACAGAGUACAAGCCAGACCAGUGCCACAUGUACACCCCUGACAGCAACGUCACCAACAUGUCGUGUCCCCUGGGACACUUCUCAAGGAACACAGCCAAGUGUGAUGCCUGGCUGUAUGAGGAUAGCGAACACACUAUUGUCGGUGAGUGGAACAUCACGUGCCUAGACAACCAGUGGAAGCUGUCUCUUGUUGGGACUGUACACUUUGCUGGCAUCCUCAUGGGCUCCAUGGUGUUCGGCCUGCUCGCUGACACGUUCGGCCGGAAGGCGGUGUUCCUGUUCUGCAUCUUGCUGAUGUCAGUCAGCGGAGUCGCCCAAGCAGCGGCGCCCGAUUACGUCACAUUCCAGCUGUUCGUUUUCAUCAACGCCCUCGGAACCGCGGGCGUUUACCCUCUUGCAUUUAUCCUCGGAGUGGAGUUGGUGGGGACGCAGAAGCGAGAGAUGAGUGGCGUUCUUCUCAACUACUUCUACGCUGUUGGGGAGGCGGCCGUGGGUCUCGUGGCCUGGCUGACCAAGUCCUGGGUCGCCAUUCAGCUGGCAGUAUCUGCUCCGCCCGCCAUGUUCAUACUGUAUUACUGGUGUAUCCCCGAAUCUAUUCGGUGGCUGCUGGCAAAACGGAAGAACCGCGAAGCUGCCAAGAUUGUCAAGAUGGCCGCCCAAGUGAACGGCGCCGUACUGUCAGACCGUCUGCUUUCAGCGUUUGAUGACGAUAACACAAAACAGAGGAAGGUUGAGGAGGCGGAGAGUAUAGACGAAAUCCAAGGAAUAUCGAAGACAGUAGUUCAGAUCUGCAAGUCCAAGAAACUGCUACUGCGUUCUCUGAACUUGUUUUAUAACUGGGCUGCCAACGCGUUUGUCUACUACGGUCUGUCCGUGAACUCGACAAGUCUGAGUGGCAACAAGUACUUGAACUUCGCCCUCGUCUGUCUCGUGGAAAUCCCCGGCUACACGCUUGCUUGGGUCGCCAUGAACCGUUGGGGCAGGCGGAAGCCCCUAGCUGCCUCCCUUCUGCUCUGCACUGCUACCUGCCUGGCUGCACUGUUCGUCCCGCAAGAUAUGAACCGGGUGGUGGUACUACUGUUCCUGACAGGGAAACUUGGGAUCACAUCUUCGUUCGCCAUCCUUGUGGUCUACACGACAGAACUGUACCCCACAGCGAUGCGAAGUAUUGGGGUGGGCGCCAGCUCCACUGUGGGCCGAGUGGGGGCCAUGUUGGCGCCUUUCGCACCUCUUCUGGGUGUGUACCUGCCAUCUCUGUCGCUGCUGCUCUUUGCAAGCGUCUCCUUCAUCGCCGGAGUGUUGGCUCUCCUGCUUCCGGAGACGCUCGGCGCCAGGCUGCCUGACACCGUGGAGGAGCUUGUGGCCUUGUGAGGAUCUCAUCGGGUUACAAUGCACGAGUGAUGAACCUGGGCCCUUAGAAGCGCUUUCCUUCAUGAGUUUUAUAUAUACGGACGCAAUAUUUCCUUCUAGAAUGAUCCUUAUAAAUAGCAGAGUUCACAUGACCACGAAACGAACGAAUUAGGAAGGGAAAUCCCAAAGAGAGAAGUCCCCUCAAAACGUAGCAUAUGUAAGUAAGACAGCCGACUUUAUACUGAGCUGGAUUCUGUAGUACACAAAUGUAAACUGGCCGCGAGGGUGACAAAAAAAAAUACGAUAAAUAUCACAAAAUGGCGAGAAAAAGAUCCGCUUCUGGUUUCGAAAGAUGGCAGUUAAUUAACACUAAUUCAAGCGCUACUUACGUCCGUGUAUAUCGAAACACGUUUCACCCAGCGACUUAACUUUAACACUGGUGGGUACGCCCCUAAGCAGAUAUUACUCAACAGCAAACUUGGUGGUUGUGAUGUAACAUA